AUGAGUGGUGAAAGCAUCCUCAGCUCCGGGACUUUGCCUAUCUCGAUCCCAGGCUCUGCCCUACAUUCCAGCGGAAGAGUGACCGAGAACGUUAUGGGGGGUGACAGCAUUCCACGCACAGUUCCAGGUCCUACCACGAGUUCCAGCGGAAGAGUAACCAAGAAUGAGGCACACGGAAAGCCCGCCAACUUCUAUUUCGCGCUGAGCAUCAACUCCUGUGUCAAGGAAUGGAUUACGUGCGCAGAUAAGGAAGAAAUAAAACUCACACGCUAUCUGGGCCUUGCUCAUGUCGUUGAACUGCAAUCGUUGGCAGCAUCCUGGCCAGUCCUCGACAUCAUACCGAUUUUCCAACCCUUUGAAAGUGACAUUCUAAAGUCAAGGCCAUUUGAAAUCCUGCAUUCGCCUACUACCCGUGAAAUAAUCAAGGACAUCAUUGAUCCAGAGAGACAAUGGCCCGUGGGAGAGGUAUGGGAUGAGAGCAAUGAGAUGAUACGAUCCAAGAGAAAGGCGUGGUGUCUUCUUCAUCUGCCGAUGCUUUUCGAUGUCUACCGGGCCCAGACCUCGGAUGAGCGAGAAGCGAAGAAUAUUGAGUCCCGUGCAAAGUUCGAGGCCAGGUUUGGGCGGGUGUGCGCAAAGCAAGACAUCCAAUACGAGCCCCCCUUUCCUGUAUUUGGACCGUCUGGAAUAGAUGGUAGGCUGGAGCAUCUCAACCGUUCUUGGGAGCUGCUGAAAUAUGUCUCAAGUCUUAUGAAUCCAGACUGGUAUGACCGCAAGGUUUUUCCCGUCGACAAAAGUCUGUGGACGUAUCCGAAGGAUAUUUUGAACUGGAUGGAGGAUAUGACGCAUACUUCUCCUGGCUCACGAAGCAGAAUUCUGUCGGCUUAUUUCUGCUCGCGGCCCCCUUUUCUCUCCACUAUUGAGGAAUCGGCUACUUCGGAGGAACGAUGA